AUGGAUGACUAUGAGGUGGUGCAAACCCUCAGUAACAAUCAAUACAUUUGUGUGAGGCGAUCAUUGACUUCCAAUGGUCAUUCCCGUUCUAUGAAUCAAAAAGAACGAAAAUCGGAAACGAAAAAAUAUCAUCCUCGCUCCUCUUCAACCCACAAUCAUCAUCAUUAUUUAAUUACCAAACAAUAUUUAUAUUCUUAUGAUCAUUCAAAAUAUCAAUCGGAAGAUGAAAAGCUCUUGAGAAAAUACAAUGACAUUCAUACACGAAUUGAUUGCUUGUUGUUUCUUCGAGACAAAAAUUUGGUGAAUUUGUUGGAUUGCUUUUAUUUUGAACAAAUUGAAAAACAAUCAAAAUAUACGGACAAGUAUUUCUGUACAGUGGAAAGGAUUGAUGGUAUUGUUUCUCUGCGAUAUUUACUGUAUAAAAAUAGACUGAGAAGCAAGAAUUUUCAACCUUUAAAACAGAGUUUAAUUCAUCAAGUGAUGAGAUGCUGUCUGGAGGCUUCAGCUAUUCUUCAUGCUGUGGGCGAACCAUAUUUUUCGUUUUCUCCUUGUAAUAUUUUAAUUGAGAAGAAGACGAGAAAAAUUAUGUUACGUCCAUAUGUGAUUGAUAAGGCAGACAUGUUACACAAAUUUAUUGAUGAACCACAUGGAGAAAGUAUUUUUGAUCCUUACACCAUCAAGUUUGAGGAAAAUAAGGUGUUAGUGAAAGAAUUUUUCGAAAAUCAGUUGUGGUAUUGCCCUCCAGAGUUGGUGUUUCGCAUCUUUCUUGGAAAGAAGGACAAAAUUCACAAGUACAAAAAACAACUCUACAAAGAACUGAGACAAUCCUAUACCACAUCGGUGGCCAAUGAUAUUUGGGCUUUGGGAUGUAUUUUUGCAGAAAUGAUGCUUCCAUAUCCACUCUUCAGUUCCAUGAGAAUUGAAGAUCAAUUGAUCAAUACAUUGUCAAUUCUGCGACUUGAAGCAGAAAAUGAAGAAUUUUCACACCCAAGGUAUAUGAAAGAGAGCAAAUUUUUCAACACGAUUUUAUCAAAACACUUAGACCUAAGAACCAAUCGCCUCUCAGUUUUGAAACAUUAUUUAACAGGAAGUUCAAGUUAUGAAGUGACUGCUGUCACGUUGCAAACACUUUCUUGCAUGAUGGAUUAUAAUCCUUCUCUCAGGCCAGCAUCAUCACGAAUUUUAAAUAUUCCAAUAUUUUCAAACAAGAGCCUGCCUACCGGUGGAGUCUACUAUCGAAAGCUCGAUCAUAAUGGCUCACCAAAGAUGUCAGAAGACGAUGAUACUCUAUCGAAUUCAGUUCUAGUGGCAUACGUCAACAAGGUGGAAGAAGAGCAAGUCAAAGCAAAUCACAAUCGUUCUUGGAUUUCAGAAAGUAGUAUUGUCAAUCACAACGAUCAUACUCGUGUGGAUCCGAAUGAUUCCAUUUACGAGGAAAGUAUCAUGCUUGCAUCCUUACUGAAUGAUAAAUCGAAAAGAAAGCAGCCUUCUACAAAAGAACAAGUCGUGGUCACAUACCAACAGAAAAACCUCGAAGAGAAAGAAGGAGAAAACUUAUUGAACUAUCUUUCAGAUAAUGACAUGAAAUCGUCGUCCGCAUCAUUUGUGACACUUUCUCACGCAUUUAAAAAACUUGAGAAGAUUUACAGGAAUGAAAUAACAAAAAUUGGAAAUGACAUUAGAGAAAUGAAGGAAGCUCUUGGAGAUUUAUUGCAGAACAGUGCAUUAACCAAUGAAAAGAAUCAUCAAUCGGCUUCUGUAGAAAAUGCUGCAUUUGAUUUGUCAUCGUCGACAACCUCUGAAGAGCUCUAUGUUCCUAAAACGCCUACCAUUCUCGGUAAUGUUCAAAUUACUAUUGAAAGAAUACACGAGAUUGAAUAUGAAGGUCAGCUUUAUUUCUCCAUUUUGAGAGGUAAUAAUACUGAACUUGUUAGGCAAGACUUACUUUCUAAAAACUACACGACUAUUCACAUUAAUGAGGAAUUUGCAAAAUAUCACAAUGAGAUCAUGUUGAAAAUUACGGACCAAGUCAAAAAGGGUCAUGAAUCGAUUGUCGGUGUGGCAAUCAUUGAUCUGUCACCUCUCUCCUAUUCGACUGAUCUUUGUGGGUGGUAUAAUCUGUAUGACUCGAUGCAGAACAAGAAACUAACGGGUCAAGUAUUGGUCAGAGUUACUCUCUUGCAACAAAAACACGAAGAAUUCCUUCCCACUAAAACACCUUCAAAGCCAACCAACAGUUCAAAUAAGGGAAUUAAGGCUCUAGAGCAACCAACAACGACGACUGCCGUUUCACAUCAACAACGACAUACACACCACUCUGAGCAACCUUCUUUGUCCCAACAUGUCUCACAAAACAUGUUCACCCACAACAAUUAUGACAACAUUCUUUUCGGUAAUAUUGAGGAUGAAUUGGAUCAAAAAUUGUCACUCAGUGUCGAUACGUUCGUUUUCACAGAGUCCUCAACCAAUACAGUAAUCGCUCGUGAUGACGACCACGAGCCGAGUCAACGAAAUCACCACUCAGGUACCAAUCAAGAUGCUCCAUCUUCCUCAAUUCCAAAAACCCCCAAUAAUCACCAGCCAACCACGAACUCCUCCCCAAAGUUGCGAGUCGAUGACAUUCAUGAAUUCGUGUUACCUCCCUCCUCCAGUAGUAGUAGUCAUUUUCAGAAUACCAAUAAUAACGAUCCUCCUCUUCAGGCCACCUCUCCUUUCUUUCCUCAUCAACGGACUUUCAGUGAUCGUUCAGUCCAUUCCAUUGAAUUUCCUGUACCAUCAUCAUCAAUGAAUCAUCCUCCGUCCUCAACCACAAAUACCAAUGCUGCUACUACUGCUACUCCCUUCUCCUCUUCAUCCUCCUCAUCAUCAUUCUCUAUUAUAUCUCAAACGCAUUCUCCGCAUCAACCCUCUCUACCCACUCAUGGUGCUGCAGCCGAUGAAGAGUUCAAUACCAUCAUUUCCUCUCUUCAAAGACUUCAAACCGAAUUGAAAACAUUUGCCGUUCUGUAG